AUGGCGUUGUAUUACAACGCUCUUUGGCCCUCUGAGCCUUUCCCCGAUGCUCACAUUCAACAUUCCCUCCUGAUUCUCCUGUCAAGCCAACUUCCUCAUUGGGUCAUUCAAACCGUACAUCGUAUCAUCGUUUUGGCCGAACAACGUAUCAUUCUGCGUAAGCGCACGCUGGUGUUCAAGGACAAGGGAUGGAAUCUCGGACAGUGGAUCAAACCAGAGGAUAUGAGGGACGCUGUGACUAUGGCCGGGGACAGACCGGAGGCGUAUUGCUGGUGGGCUGAUGUGGAGAAAAGGCUGGGGGUACUGGUGGAUGAGAAGAACGUCCUAUCUACUGGCAGACAGACGAACCGAGGAAUGCGGCAGAUGUCACCAUGUACAAAAGCAAAACGUCCGCCUCCUUUCCUACCGCUUGCGUCAAGUCCCCAACCACGAUCACAUGAAGCUAUGACCUAUUUACGAACUCCUCCUCCUUCCCUCGUCUUCGAAGAGCUGCACUCCGAAGAAUUGGUGAAUGGUCCGACAUUGCUUCCGACCGAGAAGCAGAGGGAGAUAUUUAGGACGCGAUCGGAGGGAGUGGACGCGGCUCUGGCGACGCGGGUAGAGACAGGGAGGCGACGGCUUGCUGCUCAGUCACAGGAGAAGUGGAGCCACGAGUAA